UUUGACACCGGCAGAAAAAUCCAAGUCAGUUACGACGACCGAAGAAACGCGUUUCUGGAGAAAAUUUCCGCACAAAGCAAAAAGUUAAGAAGAAGAAACGAUAGAGAAGAAGAGAAGUAAGCAUUAGAGAAAUGGCGUUCACGAUCUACUCCUGCAAGGAAUGCGGAUCCGAUCUAAAUCUUAACCCCAACGACAUGUUCCCUCCCGAUUUCUACUUCGAAGCCGGCAACAAAGGAACCAUCUCCUUCGCCGCCGUCGACGCCGACAGAUUCAGGUUCGAGAAAGAGGACAAGAUCAUGCCCUUCUUCGAAACCCUAGAUUACUGGGGAAUCCAACGCAAACGGACCAAGAUCAAGUGCAACAGCUGCGGCCACCUCGUGGGUUACAUCUACGACGAUGGUCCUCCUCUCACCGGAGGUAUCGGUCAGUACGGGUUCGGUCCGAGUCAGGUCGUUCCUCGUGCUCCUCGUUAUCGAUUCAAAACCAAGACCCUUUUGAUCUCGUCACAGACCACCUAAUAAAACCUCUACGCGAAUCAGAGUGUUUAAGCUUUAGAUAGAGAUAUACACACACGCAUGUAUGUAUGUAAUUGAGUUGGGUUUGUGAUUAUAUUGGUGCUGUUUGUGUUUCAUGUGAAUCUUUUCGUAAUUUAUUUUUUAAUCUUUCUUCAACAAUCAUCAGUUCUUGUAAUGGGCAAAGUUUAAACUUUACACAGAUAUAUACAUACACACAUGUAAAUAAGUAUGUGCUUGUAGUGUUUGUGUUUGUCUUUU